AAUGUUUUCAGAAGAAUCAGAUUAUAAACAGCAAAGUAGAUUGAACAUGUCUGCCCAAACUCUUUUAAACUUGGGUAGCGGAAAGAGUAUUGUGGAAUAAAUUAAAUUGAGAUGUUAUAUCUCAAAUCCUCCUUGUUUGUAGGUGUAGGCUGGGGAUCUAAUUAACGUUUAAGGAAAAUUCAUUCUUUCCAGAUGGAAACCUUUGCCCCAGUUACUACAGAUAAAAAACAAAUAUACAAAAACACUUGUAGUGAUGAUGAAAUACCUCGUCAUCAGGGCUUCAGAUGCAUUGAUACUGCUUCCAGAGUCCAAUAACAGGAAAUGUUAACAAUCAUUUUCAGACACCAUCAUUUACUGACAGAUUUCUUAUACUUUGACAAUUAGAGAUGACCUCAGUAGGAAAGGAAAUAAAUGCUGGCCCAACUUCAAAUAAUGCGAGGGAACCUCUGAAACAGAUGUUGAGAACCCAACAACAUGGUUUAUUAAAUACUUGAAGCAAAAGCAAGUAUAAAUUAUGGCAAGGAUCUCUUUAACCUGAACUUUACUUUCCUGUUCACUCUGAAUAUUUGAAAAGUAGCAAUGUGGGCACUUCAAAAUAAGUUGGCAAACAGAAAAAUUGUAUAAUUUUAUAACUUGUAGGCCAGUUUUAUAAGACUGUAUCCUGUGAAAAACAAGAAUUUCCUUGUUACAGUGUCCAGGCAGUUCUCUAAAGUGCAGUCAGCUGGGCAAUAUGGGAUUAUUUCCACAACUGAAUACAGUGCUACCUUGGUUCUCAAACGCCUUGGUAUUCAAAUGCCUUGGUUCCCAAAUGCUGAAAACCCAGAAGUAAGUGUUCCGGUUUUCGAAUGUUUUUCGGAAGCCGAAUGUCCGAUAUGGCUGUCGGCUAUUGUUUCUGGGGCUUCUGCACUAAUCAGAAGCUGCGCCUUGGUUUUCAAACAUUUUGGAAGUCAAAUAGACUUCCGGAACGCCUUAAGUUUGGUGCAUUUGUUUUUGCUAUUUAUUUUGCCUUUUUGCUUUUGAGGCUUUUCCGGUUAAUUUGUUUUUGUGACUGUGUGGAACCCAGUUCAGCUACUGAUUAAUUGUGUGACUGCAGAAAUGGAUAAAAGCCCCCCAUCCAAACAAUGACUAUCAUCAGUGCAGGUAAGAAAAAAUAAAUAAAUUAUUUUUUUAUCAUCUACAAUCCUGUCUUAUUUAUUUCAUAGUACAGUACAUUGAUUAUUGCUUUCAUUUUAUGGAUCAGUGGUCUCGUUAGAUAGUAAAAUUCAUGUUACAUUGCUGUUUUAGGGGUUGUCUUUAAAAGUCCGGAACGGAUUAAUCCGUUUUGCAUUACUUUCUAUGGGAGAGCGUGCCUUGCUUUUGGAACGCUUUGGUUUUGAAAUGGACUUCCGGAACGGAUUAAGUUUGAGAACCAAGGUACCACUGUAACAAUUUUGCAAGAACUGUGCGCUCUUACUUUUAUGCUAAAGGACCUGCUAAGGAUCCACGAAGCCAAGAAACUGUAUAGCGAAGUCAGUAUUGAAGGCAGGAGCAGUAUAUACUGCAUCUGCUAACCACCCACGAAUAUCUAUUGCUUUUAUCAAUGUGAGGAACAGCUCAAGUGCUUGUGCUUUCAAUAGGUAGAAGGGCUGAGAACAUUUGAGUAGAGAAGGUUUGGAUGCUCCUUUGUAAGUUUAAUGGUGUAAUGUAAAUGGUGAGUCUGGGCUCCUUCAGUCUGUGCUCUUGUGUGUUCUCACUUGCUGCCUGAAUAAAGCAUAUUCUUCUUACUUCUGGGGACAAUUCUCCCUACCUGGAACUGCUUGCCUAAUUAUAUCUAUGGCAGUUCUUCUCACCUCUUCCAUUGCUACUUGGAAAACAUAUGCUUUCUAGUAGCUUUUUCUUUUCUCUGCUUAUCUUUCUGCUUUUUUUCAUUGUGAGCUAUGCUUUUUAUCAGUAAUCCGAGGAAAGAAUGAAAUCACCUAUUUGAAGGUCAAAUAUUAACAAUUCUGGGUAAUAUCCAUCAUUGUGGGUGUGUGGAAUACAAGCUUGUACAAGGGAUAUGUUCCUCCCUCAAAGCUCCCAGUAACCCCCCCCCAAAAAUCAAUUCCAGAGGGCCAGGGGGAAUGUAACAUUGUGCAAUGACAGUUGUUUGGGAUUGCAAGGGGAGAAGGGUCACUUGAAAUAGGGCAGUAAAACUCUGUGCCUGCUGAACUCUCAACCUGAUUUUGAGAGUCCUUCUCCUACAAUCCAAUGCAAUGCUUUAUUAGUUUGCAGGAAAACCGAUCAUCCAUACAAGCAAAAGAGGAAUACGUAACUCUAGUGGCACACCAAAGGCUUCCUCCGUGGCAGACCAUGAGAGUGGUCUAUUGCAGUACUGUAGUGCCCUCUGAUGACGUUACAGUGGUUUACCAAAACGGGUUACCUGUAAUAUCUGUGAAUCUUCCAUCUCGGCGUGAGCGGUGCCAGUUUACACUUAAGCCUAUAUCGGAUUCUGUUGGGGUAUUCUUACGGCAACUACAAGCAGAAGACCGGGGAAUCGACCGAGUUGCCAUUUACUCAUCAGAUGGGACACGUGUUGCCUCUUCAACAGGCAUAGAUCUCCUACUCAUGGAUGAUUUCAAACUAGUAAUUAAUGACUUGACUUACCAUGUCCGUCCACCAAAGAGAGACCUCUUAAGCCACGAAGAUGCAACCACGCUGAAUGAUGUGAAGACAUUGGUUCAGCAGCUAUAUACCACACUGUGUAUCGAGGAACACCAGCUGAAUAAGGAGAAGGAGCUCGUUACACGGCUAGAAGACCUCAAGCAGCAACUAGCGCCCCUGGAGAAGGUUAGGAUGGAUAUCCGCAGGAAAGCAGAGAAGAGGACCACCUGGGUGCUCUGGGGUGGGCUGGCUUACAUGGCCACGCAGUUUGGAAUUCUGGCCCGGCUCACUUGGUGGGAAUACUCUUGGGACAUUAUGGAGCCGGUGACCUACUUCAUCACAUAUGGCAGCGCCAUGGCAAUGUACGCAUACUUCGUAGUAACACGUCAGGAGUAUGUAUACCCAGAUGCCAGAGACCGGCAGUACUUAUUAUUUUUCCAUAAAGGAGCCAGAAAGACGCGUUUUGAUCUAGAAAAAUACAAUCAACUCAAGGAUGCUAUUGCUCAGAAUUGGAUCUUAAGAGGCUUCGAGACCCCUUGCAGGUGCAUUUGCCUGUCCGACAAAUCAGCGAUAAAGACUGACCAGCACAGGUCCUCUGAACCCUGGCAGACUUGGCAAAACGGUUCAUAGCUCUCGCCUCUUUAAUUAAAGCAUUGCUGGUGGAAGCUGGGAGGUCUUGCGAGGGUGGAGGGCUUUUUAAAUCAUUCAAAGCAGAACAAGGACCAUGGCUGGGGAGGGGGUCAGUGUGUUGAACGAGAAGAUCGGGCAUUGUGGGAUGUUAAGUCUUUUCAAAGGGCUUGACAAAUACUGUCACAUUUAAACGUUCUUUCUUCCUGGAUGAAAAUAUAUAUAAGCAAGUCGGCAUUUCAUAAACAGAAUGUAUGGGGGGCAUAUUUUUUCUGGCUUUGCAGUGUCUGCCUCUUGAUGAUGCACCAGCAGACUGCUAAGCUUUUUAAAAGACUUCUCCUCUUUCAAAAUACCAAUAAUAAAUAAUAACAGUGCAUCAAAAAAGUGAAGAAGAAGGGAAAUUGCUGAUCCAAUUGGCCCUACAUGAACAUUGGACCUAGUGUGUCUUUUUUGUAACCUUCAUGUGAAACUGCUUUUUACUUUAAAAGAAAAUGAAGCAGACUUUGUCCUUUAUGGGAUGAUUACAUCACUAUAAUCAGUUUUAUCGAUAUCACAAGCAGAAUAACCCUUGCCCUGAACGUUUGAUAAUUGACACUUUGAAUGACUUACUACAUUCUUAAACUUGAACAUGUCCCACUGCCCUGGAUGUACUUCUAGAUAUAAAUGGUGAUAUUGCAUGAGAGAAUUUUUCAUAUUCAGUCUUAAGGGAGGAAAGUCUCCCCCCUACUCUUUCCACCCCAGAAUCUCGUAGCGACCUGGAUUAAUCAAAUCACAAAGGUUGGUUUAAAUAUAUAUCAUAUUGGGUACUUGACUCAACAAAACCAUGACUCUUUACAGAAAAAAACAUUAGGACAGGUAUAAUUAAAUGUGAUGUUUGCAUAGCAGAGUGAAUGAUGUGUCUGGUCUGGAGUCGCCUGGUCUGGAGACUUUGUCAAAGGCCUGGAGCAGAAGACCACAGAGUUCCACAUUGAUUCACAAGCCCUCUUUUUCUUUGGUAGCUUUAAAAAGAACGCCCCGGUGCCUAGGAUUGCAAACUCCUUUUUAUUAUUGCUGUUAUUAUUUUUAAAAGUUGAGGAAAUGGCACUCCAUCACCCUCCACUUCUUGCAAACCAACUGGGCGGUUCUCUCCCCCCCCCCCCCCAGCGGAUCUUGCAUCCUGCAUGGAGUGGAAUCAGCCUUUUCUUAUCAUCCUGUGAUAAAAACUGUGGGAGACAGGAUGGAAGUUGCAGAAGGGCUCUAAGCUUAAUUCGCAAGAAAGGCCGAGUGUUUCCUUUCAGUUCACUACUUCUCACUGUGUCAAGGCGAGAGGCUCCCACUUUCUGGAGAAACCAUGUUUUAAAGUGUACAAAAUAAAUAUAAACCAGACGCCAGGUGCCUUGCAGAUGUGGAAAUGCAGACGGGACCGUUGCUGCCUCCUCUCACUCGAUGGCAUGUUGGACUGAAUCGAUGCAUGUUCCAAGGUGUUUUUUCUUUCUCUCUCUCUCUCUCCCCCCACCUUUGUCUUUCUGUUCUCAAUUACAUUUUUUAUUUUUGAUUUUUGUUGGGUUUUUUUUAAAAGCAAAACAAAAACAAAAAACAAACCUGUUUUAUCCUCUUUGUAUGCAGCAUUUUAAAAAGGGAAGAAGAUGAGCAGUCCUUAGAGGAACAUUUUAUGUGUGUUUGGGGCGAGGGAGGGGCAUGGAGAAAAAGUCCUUAAAAAUAAAGUAAAAUACUGAACAUGUGUAAAAUCCUGUAUCAUUUAUUAAAUAUGUAUAAAAGAGCAAUGUACUUCUGGAACAAUAAAUAACUAUUCAGUUUUUGAA